AAGAUUUUUCUCCACAUUUCUAUUCCUGAGAAUUUAAGUUCUGCAUUCUCUGAUGGUGUUGCUAAUGUGCUCUGUGACCACACCUCCGUUUCUGUCUUUAACACACCAGACAAUGCAGUUUCAAGGAAAACUAAAAUUCCUGUUUGGACAGAAGAGGAAGACUCCAUCAGGGACAGUCCUGCCCCCUCGGCUGUCACUGUUCUGCAUCGUGGUGCCCGUCCUCCUUCCUUCCGUGGCGGAGAUGAAAAUGAAGAGUGCGUUUCUGAGAGUGAAGCACAGGGUGGACGUCUCAGGCUCAGUGGACACAAAAGCAAAAGCCGCCUCGAGUCUGUGUGACCCAGCAUCGCAUGGAAAACCCCACUGCCUAGCAGGGAGGAGCAUUGGAGAAAACAUUUCAGUGCUCAAGGCACAAGCGGAUGCAGGCUGCUGGGCCCGGGUUCCAGCCAGAGCCCCAUGUCCCUGCCUGAGGAGCAGCCCAGACCUCGUUUCUGACCCCGAGGGGGCCGCAGGGUAAGUGGUGCUGUGGCCCAGCUGUGCAUUAAGGGAGCAAAGAGCCGCCGUCUGCUGGUCUGGUGGCUUUGUUCAUGACAGGUGAGCCUCACCGUGAGGGAGUGCGGCGCACAGGGGCACACCUGGGAGCUGUCCUCACAUGUCUGAGGUGUGGCAGGGGACAGCAGGUGCUUCAGCCGGGGCUGUCACGACCUGUGCACUCACCCUCAACCUGAAGCCGGGACCGUGGGUGACCACCCUGUCCUCUGCCCUCACCUUCACUCAGAAACCCUCUUC